AUGGCGAAGUAUGCAGCAACCUCCCCGCGAUCGUCAUCAGGAAGGACGGGGAUCAGCUGGGUGGUCACGUUGGCUGGCGCGUGGGCCCAGAAGCUGAAAUCUCCUGCAGCCUCCAAAGACGCAGCAGAGCAGUUCGCCAUCUCGAAAUACUUCUGGAGCUGUGGGUCGAGGAAGAUGCGAGGCCUCCAGCCUGAGGUUCUCGUGCUGCACGCGGAGAGUGGCGCGCUUAGAUUUCAGCUCGAGUGCAUCCAACGACGACGCCAUCAUUGGCAAUGCAACGCGCAACUCUGCAUUUCCACUGAGAUCAUCUGA